AUGUCGUUCUUCCCGCGCGGUUUUUACAGCCCGGACACGAGCUUCACUCCGCUCUUCCGGCUGCUGGACGAGUUCGACAACUACACCAACGAGGUGCGCAACCAGGAGGGCGGCGGAUCGCGCCACCGCCGGCACCAGAUGCGCACCUUCAGCCCUAAGUUCGACGUCCGCGAGACGGACACGGCCUACGAGCUGCACGGCGAGCUGCCGGGCAUCGACCGCGAAAACAUCAACAUUGAGUUCACCGACCCGCAGACCAUUGUCAUCCGCGGCCGCGUCGAGCGCGCCUACACCAGCGGCACUCCGCCUGCCGGGCUGGUUGAGGGCGGCACGCAGAUGAGCGGCGCCAUCACCGAGAAGGGCGAGGGUGCCGAGAACAACAACAACCACGCACGCAAGGCCUCGGUUGCGGACGAGAAGGCCGAGGAGCAGGCCCAGUCCAAGGAGGUGACUCAGCACAAUGGCACGAACGGCGGCGCGCGCCAGCAGGAGGAGAAGUACAAGUACUGGGUCCAGGAGCGCUCCGUCGGCGAGUUUGCCCGCACCUUCAGCUUCCCGACCCGCGUCGACCAGGACGCCGUCUCGGCUAACCUCAACAAUGGCGUCCUGAGCCUCAUUGUUCCCAAGGCCAAGAGGCACGAGACGCGCCGCAUCGCCAUCAACUAA